GAGAUUCCUUAUUUUGUGCCUAUUAUGUGUUUGAUAUAAGUUCCAAGUGAAAAAAAAAAAUCAUCAUUACUAAAAAAACUUCUCUACCAAACAAGUCCUUCCCUUAUAACUUGAGUCAAAAUUGAUUAUUCCAAAAAGCACUCUCCAAUUGGUUAAGUUGGUGUCAUACAAGUGUGGUUGGUUCUUUACCCUGCUUCUCUUCUUAGUAAAAGUUUCAAUCUUGUUGCAGCUUUUGUUAAUGUUAGUUUAUACAAUUAUACUACAAACCUUUACUAAGUUCUUUUAUAACCAAAACCAAAUCUUUCCCUCUUUGUUGUCUCAAAAAAAUGGCCCCUUCUGGAAGAACAACAGCAACAACAACAAACAAAACCUUAAGGACCACAAAAACUACUACAACAACAACUAGAAGAACAAGAACAAGACAACCAAGAAGAACAAACAGCAAGAAGAACAAAAAACAAGAGAUGAUUACAAAUGUUUUGCCUUCUAGUUGUUUGUCAAAAAACUCAUCAAGGGAAGAAGAGAAGAUGGAAAUUUCUGAGGUAAUUGAUGUUUCUAACAGUAAUAGUCCAUGUUCAACACCAAAAGGUCAGAAAUUUAGGAUACCAGAGAUUUCAACAUGUCCUCCAGCACCAAAGAAACAAAGGGUAGUUUCAAAUUGUUCUUUAAGAAGGUCACCACUUUCAUUCUUUGUACCUCCUGAUUUGGACCACUUUUUCUUGGUGACAACAUUUCCAGAUGUUUCAGUUUGAUUUUUGUGUGUUUGUGUUAAUAGCAAGAUACAUAUAAAAUAAGCUCAUGACAAUCACACUUUAGAAGAUGGACUUUUGAAGUGGUUUUCAUAGGAAAUGAGAGGCAUAUAUGCUUUAAGAACUUUUUUUAUUAGAUUUUGGUUUCUUGAUGUUAGGAAACAGUUACUUAGUUAUAUGUUUGUAUCAACUGCCAGUUUGACAAAAUCACAGUAACACCGUAAUUUUGUCUGAAGCUCCAAAGUGUAGCUUAUGUCAAGAUUAUAGUGGUUCGUCGUGAUUGUGACAUACUCGGCAUGAAUCCAAACAUAAACUUAGCUAGCUUUCCCCUUUGUUUAGUUUAAGCUAAUUUUAGCUUUGUAACAACUUGUAGUUGUAGAGUUUGUUAGUUACUGAAUUUAGAUGGAGUGGUUCUCCAACUAAUUUUAGUAUUUUACAUUUUUAAGCUUAGUUUUUUUUGUCUUUGUUUUUAUCUCUUAUAGAAGAUAUGUACUGACCUUUAUAUUUAAGUGUGAUGAGUGGAAAUGUAAAUGGGUUUGGUUUGAGGUUUUGUGAAUGUUUCAAGCUUGAAACUCUACAAAGCUUAAUUAAGUUGUUAGUUAAUCACCUUGAGAUAAAGCAAAGACAUAUACUUCCCUUUUGUAUGCUAAAA